AUGUUGACACGACACCUGUCCAGAUUUCUGCGCGUAAGAGCCCCAUUUCGGGGCUUGAACACGUCGCAGACCACCAGCGAUGACAAGGAGACCCAUUUUGGGUUCCAAACAGUGCGUGAGAGUGAAAAGGCCGAAAAAGUAUACAGUGUGUUCGAAAACGUGGCCGGUAAGUACGACCUGAUGAACGACGCAAUGUCGCUUGGGAUUCACCGAGUGUGGAAGGACAUUUUCAUGUGCCGUUUGGGGCCCACUCAAAACACUAAAUUACUGGACAUGGCAGGCGGGACCGGUGAUAUCGCGUUCCGAUUCCUCAAUUAUAUCAAAAAUAACAACGUUGAAAAAAACUGUCACGUUACAGUUUGUGAUAUAAAUGCUGAUAUGCUGGAAGUGGGCAAAGCCCGAAGUAGGAAUUUAAACCACGAUUCGGCGCUUAUCAGUUGGGAAAAAGCCGAUGCUGAAAAUUUGCAUUUCAAAAACGAUUCGUUCAACGCCUAUACGAUUGCCUUCGGUAUUCGUAACUGUACCCACAUUGAUAGGGUCCUUCAGGAGGCUUAUCGAGUUUUACAACCCGGGGGGCGUUUCAUGUGUCUAGAGUUCAGCCAAGUUGAGAAUGAAACUAUAAGAUGGUUUUAUGACAAGUAUAGUUUUCAAGUUAUUCCAGUUUUGGGACAUAUUUUAGCCGGCCAAUGGCAAGCCUACCAAUAUCUAGUCGAGAGUAUCAGGAAAUUCCCUGAUCAGGAAACUUUCAAAACAAUGAUCGAGGAGGCUGGUUUCCGCGUAGCCACCUAUGAAAAUUUAAACAAUGGAAUUGUCGCAAUUCAUUCAGCGUUUAAACUAUAGAACUGGAAUUGAAAAUAUUUAUUUGCUACACGUUUCAAAUAAAAUAAUUAAAAAUGAGAA